CGCUGUGCUGCUUCGCGUUAUUUAUUCUCGAACAAUACUGACGAAGACGAGGACGAGGACGACCCCAAGAUGAUUAGACCAUCAGCAAGCUCGGGUUCAAGAUCGUUGUAUAUGACAGCGAGUCGACACAAGGUUAAUCGGCAUGCUCACGCGAUCGGGCGAAGAGCGAUGAGUGCAAGGCCAGAGGAACCGAAGCAAGUAAAGGAGGGUGACGCAGCACCGAGGCGCAAGGUUACAAUUCAACGGCUCCAACAAAUGAAAGAAGCUGGGACGCCGAUCGCAAUGGUCACCGCAUAUGAUUAUCCAACUGGACGUGCAUGCGAAGCAUAUGGAGUCGACAUUACGCUCGUUGGAGACUCGCUCGCACAAGUAUGCCUCGGGUAUGAUAGUACGACGCGCUUGACGCUUCCCGAGAUGUUACAUCACAUCCGAGCUGUUUCCCGAGGAAGCAAGAACCCAUUUCUGGUGGCAGAUAUGCCAUUUGGGUCAUAUCAUUCUGGCCCGGAGGAUGCAACCCGGAAUGCAGCCCGAAUGGUCCAGGAAGCCGGAGUUGAAGGAGUGAAAUUAGAGGGCGGCGAGGAAAUCUUGGACAGUGUCCACAGGCUGACGCGUGUUGGCAUACCAGUCAUGGCUCAUGUUGGCUUGUUGCCCCAGAGGCACGUUUCUAGCUCGGGCUAUCGAGUUCAAGGGAAGGAUGCAGCAUCCGCAAAAUCGAUUCUUCGCGCCGCACAAGCUCUUGAGGACGCUGGUGCAUUUUCCAUCGUUUUGGAGGCAAUACCUAGUAAGCUCGCUGAGUAUAUCACAAAGAGGCUGCGCAUCCCAACGAUUGGGAUAGGAGCAGGUCCUGCAACGGACGGGCAGGUGUUGGUUUGGGACGACAUGAUGGGAACCUGGAACGGCCACAAGGCGAAAUUCGUAAGGCGGUUCGCCGAUGCGAAGGCAGAGCACAAACGCGGUGUUCUCGACUAUGUUGAAGCCGUACGUCAACGAAGCUUCCCGGAUGAGACUGAGAGCUAUGGGAUGGAUGAAAAUCAGUGGAAAGAAUUUUUGUGUAACGAAGGAUUGUAGUUUUUAUAGUCGUAUUUCAUAUUGUAGUCGUUAGUUUAUUCUCCAAAGUCCUUGUUGCUCGCGGGUUAUCCACUGCUUGGCAGUUUAAUAUCUACAAAACCCUUGUGUAGGAC